UGAAGAAGUUCGGGUCGUCAUCUCGGUCCACGGCCUGACUGUAACCGCGAUACCGCAGCAGGGAAGCGGACACCGGGACUGCCGAGUCAGCGGCGACAGCGGAGCAGCCUGAAGCCAGGACGCUGCCCGCUCCCCGGAUGCUAUGUGUGAGCGGCCAAAGAUCCAUGUCUUCCUGGGGGCUCCUCCUCCAUCCUCCGUCCCAGCCUCGGAGCCUGAAGCUUGGGUGGAGAGAGAGGAUCGUCCUCCAGCCGGUUGGAGACACCUGGAGCUCACCUGGAGGGAGGGGCGGCUCAGACCUGCAGCAGGUGAAUGUGGAGAUAAAGCAGGAUCGUCCCAAGUGGACAGUGAGGAUGCGGAGGCAGAUCCAUCUGAGAAGAAUUUCCAUUUUCAGGAAGCUCCGACCAACUUUGAUUGGCCCAAAAAACCGGAGAGAGCACAGACAGACCAAGUCAGAAAAUUAACUUCUGAAAAGACAGAUGUAAGCAGAGAAGAAGAGUCUGAUGCCGAUGAGCAAGAUCAGUGUUCGGCUUCAGUUCAUGAGUAUCUGGACAGCUGUUUCCCUGCAGCUAAACCAGAACCAGAACCAGAACCUGGAACUGGAUCCAAACAACAGCGGACACCCGCCGUCCCUCCUCUGUCUAUUAAGACUCAUUACCUGAGCACCUGGACCCUGAGUCAGGCCUUGAACCUGAGAGGCAGGUAUGGUGUCCAAUCAGCAGCCAGCCCUGAGAAAACCCCGCCCAAACACACCCAAACGCCUCCAUCAGCCUCCUCCAGCACCCCAGAGCUCUUCAGCCUCGCGACACCGUCCCCCGGAGGGUCCGCUGAGCUCUUCAGCCACCCCUGUCCAACCCCGAGGGUGCAGGAGGGCGGUGUUGUCCUUGAGGCCACCACAGAUGGCGUUCUGUGUUCUCAGGAGUCCACAAUCGACCACAACUCUCCCACAAAGUCCCCCAGCAGCAAGAGGGUCCGACUCUCUGAAGAGUCCAGAGCUACAGGAUCUGCCAGCACCAGAACCACCGGACCACAAAGUCCCACCACACCUCUGUCCAGGUGCAACAAAGUGGGGCAGCGGUGCUCGAUUCUGGUGGUGGUGGUUCACCCGUGUCACCUGAAGGAGGUCAAGGUGAAGUCGGGGCGAUCGGCGGGAACUUUCAUCCCUUUGGCGUCCAUUGUAGUGACGGACCAAUCAGGUGCUGAGAUGAACGUUGUGCUGUGGCGGCGAGCGGCCUUCUGGGCGCUGACUGUGAGUCCCGGAGAUUUCCUGCUCAUCACAGGUCUGCAGGUGAGUGAUGACAAGUGGAGAGGAGAGACGGUGCUGCAGUCCACCUUCAGCAGCAAGCUGCUCAACCUUGGACACGCCUCCAGCUCGCUACCAGUUACCCAGUAUGUGGAUGCUCGGUCGCUCAGCAUUCUGUGUGACUUUGUCUGCGAGCGACGCCCCCUGCUGGCCUCUGUGCCCCGCCAACCCCUGCAGGACCUAAACCGCCUCCCUUACGCCACCCUGAGGUCACUGCAGGUCAACACACUGGUUCAUGCCCUGCUGCGUGUCACACACACACACAUCAGCCCAGAGUGGCGUAGUGAAGCAGCGUCUCUCAGCAGGUCUGCAGUUCAGCUGAAAGCUGUUCUGACUGUGGAGCAGCCACAUGGUCAGCAGGGGGCGCUGCUGCUGUGGGGAGCAGCUGUGGACUGGCUGCCUCGCUUCAGCAGAGACAGCAGAGCCACCGUGUGGGACUUCCACCUCCUCCUGGUGAGGGACGGAUUGACCUCUGACCUCCCGGAGCUGCACUCCACCCCCUGGAGCUCCGUUCAAGCUAUGGACCCGACCGACCGGCGGGUGCUGGACUUCAACAAGACACGGCGGCAUCAGAACGACCACGGCAGCCCGGUGGAGCUGGACGUGGACACACUGCUGUCCCAGAAGUACAGCGGUGAGGUGGAGCUCAGAGUCCAAGUCUUCACCUUCCACUUCCAGAAUGCUCCGCCCUCCCAGACUACACCUGCAGCAGUGCUGGACAGCUCCACGCCGCCGGACGGCAUCAUGGCGGCACUGAGCGGUGACAUCACCUACACCGGCUGCGGUCGCUGCGCCGCCGAGCUCGACACCGACGCCAACGGCAUCUACAGCCCCUGCUACCCCUGCCUGCCGCACACCACCGUACGCCGUUACUACAGGCCAGGUGUGCUGACGGUGAGUGGGCGGGGCUGCCGUUACCUGAGUGUCCAGGUGCCGCCAGUUCCCCUUCAGAAGAUCCUCAAUGCUCCACCUGACAAACUCCAGCGAAGCUCAGUUCCAGGCUCGGAGGUGAAGCUCAUCCAGGUGGCAGCAGAGCGGCUCCAGGACCUCCUCUCCCUCCCCAGGAAAACCUUCAUCAUCACCAUCCGGAGCCACUUCCUGUGUGAUGAGAACAGCGUCCCCAUCCACCAGGACUUCAGGCUGCUGGAUCUUCAGUUCCCCAGCUGACAGCACACCUGGUGGGCGGGGCAUCAGGUGGAAACUCCAGUCAUCGUGUCUGGAUGAUGUAGACACGAGUGGGAUGUUUAAUGUCCUGCAUACUGUGAUGAUUAAAGGGGGCGGAGCUGUUUAAGCCUUUAAAUGUCAAAUCAAACAUUUUAUCCAGAUCAUUUUUCUGU